UACAAUCUGGGGAAAAAUUGUACUCGAUACAACGAACAAAAACGAAAAUUAGGGGGUAGUUUACUGAAUGAUAGAGUGUGCGAAGCGAUGUUGAUGUCUAUUAACGACGGAAUGAGAAAAAGAAAACAAUAAGUGUGAAUUUGUGCAACAGUAAAAAGCCUAUGAUAUAGAAAAAGGAAAAAAAAACCUACAAGUUCCUAAAAUACAAACAAAAAUUAAAAAAUCUUUUCCGUUGAAGUCAUUAAAAAUAGAAUUGUUUUAUUAGACCUCAAAAAACUUGAAAAGGCUAUUGUUUUGUUGUAAGAUCUUGAAUGAGUUUUAUUAUUAUUGAAGUUAUUCUUUACAAGCAGGGAUGUCAACUGCUCCGACGUUAAAAUCGCUACAGAUAGGGUUUUUAAAAACCACUACAAAUUUCAACUCACUAAGAGCAAAAAACACUAUAAACAAUUGUAAAAACGUCGGAAAUAAUCAGUCGUUAUGCAGAAAGAGAGAAAAUUGAAAAAUCCCGAAGCAUUUGACAAAUGCAAAAGGGAUUCAAAUUUUGACAAAUGUCUGGUAGAUGCUGUAAACAAAGCUAUACAAAUAUUAAAACCUGGCAAUAAAGAAUUUGAAGUUCCUGCCCUUGAGCCUCUGCAUGUUAAAUCGCUGGUCAUUGAUGCCGGCACCGCACCAAUUAAUCUGAGGCAAACGUUAAAGAAUGUUAUGGUGACCGAUAUGAUAUCUACCAGCAAAAUACAGAGAUACAGAACUGAUUUAGACAAAUAUUUGAUUAUAUGUGACAGUUUUACGGGUCGCAUACAAAUGUUGGGCGAUUACGAAAUGUCCGGCCGGAUACUGUUGCUGCCUAUUACAGGCAACGGUCGUGCUAAUAUAACACUUGUGAAUACAAAAAUUGAACAUCGUUUGAUUGGCGAGCCAUUCGAGAAGGAUGGCGUCCAAUAUAUGCGACUGAAGGAGUAUCGAGUAUCCUUUGACCCAAAAAGGGUCUACAUGCACUUCGAAAAUCUGUUCAACGAUGCCACAUUAUCACAGACCAUGAAUCGGUUUCUGAAUGACAACUGGGAGACCGUAUUCAAUGAAUUAAAGGUUGGGUAUGCGAAAAGUUUUGGAAGAAUAUUUCGAGAGAUAUCGAAUAGGUUGUUUGAGAAAAUACCCAUGGACUCUAUAUUCCUUAGAUAAUAGUUCAUUGUAUUAUAUGUUAGUCAUAAGUAACCUUAUCAUUUUGUAUAUGUAGACACUUUUGUCGCGGUGAAAAGAUAUAAGAAACUAAAUUGUAUAUAAUCAAUAUUGAAACUUAAUAAAUAAAUUCUCAUAUGUUAUUCCUA